AUGUAUUACAUUGGAAUUUUUUUGUUAAUAAUAAAGUAUUCAUCAUUUGUGAUUUCUGAAACAACUCAUAUUAAUACAACGCCUAGUACAGCAAUCGAUAUAUAUUCAAAGUCCAGCAAUUGGAAAAAUUUCCAUGUAAAAGAUUCACUUAUAAAAUGGUAUUCAAACAGUCUUCAAAUAAUAAAUGAAAAAGCCAAUGCUAUUCUAUCUGAUGCAUUCGACGGCAUAUCAUCUCCAUCGAUUGAAACACUUCAACUAGAUUUGGCUGAUGGACGACUGUAUAUUGAUUCGAGCUGUUUUUUAAAUUUUCAAAAUCUAAAAAAUUUAGAAAUUAAUUCAGCAUCAGUCUUACUUAAUCCAUAUAGUUUUUAUGGGCUUAAAAAUUUAACGUAUCUCAAAAUAAAGCUGGACAAUGAAACAGCACGACACAUAGAUAAAAUAUUAUAUCAACAAUUGCAUUUAAAUAAAUUAGAACUUGUAGAUAAUCAUGAUUCAAAUAUUUGUUAUUCAACAAAAGAAAAUAAGACUAUUAAUCUAUUACAACUUCAUUAUACAGGUGGUUUGUUUAAAACACUGCCUCAUAAUUCAUUUGUGUGUUUUGGAAAUCUUCGGAGUAUAACAAUCACUGGAAGUGAACUGAUGCUUCUUGAACCUGGUGCAUUUAAUGGUUUAAAAAAAUUGGAAACCAUCUCACUGACAUCGAAUGAUAAACUCACUCAUGUACCUUCAAAUGUAUUCAAUGUUCAAAGUUUAGAAAUAAUAAAUUUAAGUAACAAUUCAAUAAGUACAAUCGAUAAUGAAGCAUUGAAAAUUGAUAAUAGUAAAUUAUCAUUAGUCAAUUUGAGCCACAAUUCAUUGGAAAUAAUUGAACAAGGAUCAUUUCGAAAUAUUAAAUGUCAUUUUAUUGAUUUAACACAAAGUGGAAUAAUUGGUAUUGUUGAUGGUGCAUUUAAUACCUCACGUAUAAAUAUCAUUGAUCUAAUGGAAAAUAAAAUUCUAAGAUUUAAUUCAUUUAAAUGGGGAAUUAAUUAUACUAUUACAUUGGCUUUACUUGACAUUAUAACAUUUGAUAUUGCAACGAGUUCGAGCUUCAAUGAUAGCCAAAUUUUCAGAAUGAGCUCUGCCGCAGACAAAUUUACUAUUAGCAAUAAUUCUUUUGCAGGAUUGCCGAAUCUUAAAGUUCUCGAAAUUAAAACAAAGCCAAUUCAAUUAAAAACACCUGUUUUUUAUGAUUUACAAUCACUAAUAGCUCUCGAGAUACCAAUGAUUGAACCUCAAGAAUUUCAAUGUCAAUCAUUUUCAAAUCUUCAAAGUUUAGAAGAGCUGGUACUUGUGAAUUAUAAUACAGUUAACAUUUGUUAUGGUCUAUGUUAUACUAUCAAUUUUGACCAUGUAUUUACAAUUUAUCCAGAAUCAUUUGAGGGCUUAAAAAAUCUAGAAAAUUUGGAAUUAAAUGUUGGACCAAUUGUACUGAAAGCUAGCUUAUUUGAUAAAUUACCAUCUUUAAAAUAUCUUAAAAUUGAAGUUGAAGAAACUUUACAAUAUCUCAGCCAAGUAUUGGGGAGUUUAAAAAAUUUAAAAACCUUGGAAAUUGUUGGAAAUGAUACAAUUGGUAUUUGUCAAAAUGCAUUUUCAUAUAAAAUACCACAUUCGUUGACUGAUGUUCGUUAUACAAAUGGUAACAUUACAAAUUUACAAGCAAAUUCAAUGGCAUGUAUGCCACAACUUGAAAAACUUAUUAUAACAAAUACACAAUUAAUGACAAUCGAAGCUAAAAUUAAUUCAGCAUCAGUCUUACUUAAUCCAUAUAGUUUUUAUGGGCUUAAAAAUUUAACGUAUCUCAAAAUAAAGCUGGACAAUGAAACAGCACGACACAUAGAUAAAAUAUUAUAUCAACAAUUGCAUUUAAAUAAAUUAGAACUUGUAGAUAAUCAUGAUUCAAAUAUUUGUUAUUCAACAAAAGAAAAUAAGACUAUUAAUCUAUUACAACUUCAUUAUACAGGUGGUUUGUUUAAAACACUGCCUCAUAAUUCAUUUGUGUGUUUUGGAAAUCUUCGGAGUAUAAUCAUCACGAGAAGUGAACUGAUGCUUCUUGAACCUGGUGCAUUUAAUGGUUUAAAAAAAUUGGAAACCAUCUCACUGACAUCGAAUAAUAAACUCACUCAUGUACCUUCAAAUGUAUUCAAUGUUCAAAGUUUAGAAAUAAUAAAUUUAAGUAACAAUUCAAUAAGUACAAUUGAUAAUGAAGCAUUAAAAAUUGAUAAUAGUAAAUUAACAUUAGUCAAUUUGAGCCACAAUUCAUUGGAAAUAAUUGAACAAGGAUCAUUUCGAAAUAUUAAAUGUCAAUUUAUUGAUUUAACACAAAGUGGAAUAAUUGGUAUUGUUGAUGGUGCAUUUAAUACCGCACGAUUGCCGAAUCUUAAAGUUCUCGAAAUUAAAACAAAGCCAAUUCAAUUAAAAACACCUGUUUUUUAUGAUUUACAAUCAUUGAUAGCUCUCGAGAUACCAAUGAUUGAACCUCAAGAAUUUCAAUGUCAAUCAUUUUCAAAUCUUCAAAGUUUAGAAGAGCUGUUGAAGAAACUUUACAAUAUCUCAGUCAAGUAUUGGGGGGUUAAAAAUUUAAAAACCUUGGAAGUUGUUGGAAAUGAUACAAUUGGUAUUUGUCAAAAUGCAUUUUCAUAUAAAAUACCAUAUUCAUUGACUGACGUUCGUUAUAAAAAUGGUAUGAUUACAAAUUUACAAGCAAAUUCAAUGACAUGCAUGCCACAACUUGAAAAACUUAUUAUAACAAAUACACAAUUAAUGACUAUUCAAGCUGGUACAUUUAAAUCAAUGAAUAAUCUUAAAUAUUUAGGUUUGGAAUCUAAUAAAAUAACAAGAAUUAAAAAAGAAAGUUAA